CUAAUAUAUAUUGCAUCUUUAUGUAAAGUUAGCAUUCUACAAAUUUGUUUGAUACUGUAAUAUAGACAUCAUUUUUUAAAUUAGAAACUUCAUAUACAGACAAUCAGUAAUAUUAGAGUAAUAUAUGUAUUUCUAUAUAGUACAUGUGCGUUUUAAAAUGGUGCAAUACGAGUAUGAGACGUGCAACGAAUAAGUUAUAUAAAGAAACCAUCGUAAAAAUUUGAAAACAGUGAUAUUACUAUUUGAAUAUCAUAAAAAAGGAAUUUUGUUUAGUAUAAAUAUUUUCCGAAAGCUAAACCGCAAAAGAAAAAUAUACUGCAAAUUGUUUUGACAACUAUUUUCAAUAAGAGGGAAGAGGUUAUGGCAAAACACUUAAUACAAAUAAUUAUAAUGGGUACACAAGUCGUUGUUAAAGCAUUUACACGUGCAUUACGACAAGAAAUUGCAGCAAGUCAAGCUGCUGCACAUAAAACAGGUGGUGGAGCACGAGGUACUCAACACGUCGCAGCCAAUUACAAGACUGGUAUUUCUUUGGAAGAAGCACUACAAAUAUUGAAUGUUGAACGUGUGGAUGAAGUAGAAGCUAUUGAACGUAACUAUAAGCAUCUUAUGGAAGUUAAUGAUAGAUCAAAAGGUGGUUCUUUUUAUAUUCAGUCAAAAAUUGUACGUGCUAAAGAACGUAUUGACGAAGAACUAAAAACUAUGAAGACUCCUCCCCCAAACAGUAAUUCUAUACAACAAAAUGUUUCAAAAAAACUGUAAUACUAGAAAUUUAAUUGAUAUACUUUUGAAGUCUGUAUAUAUAAAUGUAAUGACACUUUAGUCACCAAUAAAUAAUAUGGAACAUCUAUCGACAAAAUUGAUAUACUUAUGUCUUAGUAUUGGUUAAAAUGUUGAAAUAAAAUAAAACGUUAUUUAAUAAGU